UAGUGAGAUGAAUAUGGAGGGGUUCUCAUUUUGGUCUGCAAGACAGAUUGUCUGGCAAACUAAGUGUGCAGGGGGUCCCCAGUAGGGCUAGUUAAUGGAUGGACAACCUGUUGCUCAGUUUCCAAAAUGUUGCAGUCUUUAGUGAAGAGAAAGUAAUUGAGGCAGAUAACACUGAGUAAUUCGUUAUCAUGCAGUGACUGGGUUUUUUUCAUUGUAUGGGGGCCUUGGUACGUUUUGUUUCACUAAUUUUUGCAACAUCCUCAAAAGGUAGAUCAGGCUAAUUAUCCUCAGAUCCCAGAAAAGGGAGGCAGAGAACAGUGGUUUGCCUGAGGCCAGGUCAUGCAUUUUUGUGGCCGAUAUGAGGUUUGACCCAAUGGCUAGCCUUCUGUAGUUCUUCGACUACUUCAGAUUUGUUUCAUGCCUUGCAGGCUUAUUGUGGUGGGCGAUUUAACAAAGUACACCUUGCCCUGUCAUUGGAAAGUUGGAGGAAGAGCUGUUAGAGAUGCUUCAGCUGCAAGGAUAGCCUGCCUUGGGAGAAGGCUGACCUUACAAACCACUUGGAUCCUCCUUCGGUACAAAGCGGCUGUUCCAUCUGCAGAAAUGGGUAUCAAAUGGAAUGGUUCCUUCAUCCCUGUAGCCCUCUUGGUUUUGGGCAUAAUCUCCCUCAUAGCCCUGAUUCUCAUCUUGGUGGGUAUACAUAAUGUCACACUACCCCCGCAAAAUAAGUAUGGACUGGUUUUUGAUGCAGGUUCAUCCCACACUGCCCUGUUUGUCUACCAGUGGCCAGCAGAUAAAGAGAACAACACUGGGAUGGUCAGCCAAACCUUCUCCUGUCAUGUGAAUGCAUCUGGGAUCUCGAGCUUUGUCAAGGUUCCAGCACGGGCAGGUGACUCCCUCAGGGAAUGCCUUGAUGCAGCCAUGUCAGUGAUUCCUGCAGACAGGCAACGGGAGGCGCCCACUUAUUUGGGAGCCACUGCUGGUAUGAGGCUACUGAGCCGAGAGAAUGAGUCUGCAGCAACACAGAUCCUGACAGAAGUCAGCAAGACUAUCCAGGAAUAUCCCAUAAACUUCCAGGGGGCUAGAAUCCUUACUGGGAAGGAGGAGGGUGCUUAUGGCUGGAUCACCAUCAACUAUCUGCUGGACUCCUUCACCAAGUAUUCCCUAGUAUACCGGGACUGGAUUCACCCCUCAUCAGCCAGUAUCUGGGGGGCCCUGGAUCUUGGAGGGGCAUCGACUCAAAUAAGUUUUGUCCCAGCUGGCCCAAUCACGGAGGGAGAGGAAGCUGCUCAGUUCCGACUCUACGGGUUUGACUACACCAUCUAUACUCACAGCUACCUGUGCUAUGGACAGAACCAGGCACUCCUGCACGCCCUCCGGAUUAUUGUUAACUCAAGCAGCUCAGAUCGGUUUGAGCACCCCUGCUAUCCCAUGGGUUACUCUGAGAACAUCACAAGGACAUCCUUCUACAGCAGCCCAUGUGCUGAACGGCAGGAAUCUGCAGCCUCUGGGAAUGUGAUUCUACAGGGCACGGGUAAUGCCAGCAAAUGUCGGGAAACCUUUCAAAAGAUCUUCAAUUUCUCAUGUGGUCACAACACAUCCUGUGGAUUCAAUGGAGUCUACCAGCCAAAAGUCAAUGGAAAAUUCCUGGCUUUCUCUGCUUAUUACUACACCUUCAACUUCCUGAACUUGACCGAGGGGCAACCACUGGCCAUGGUAGAAGCUGCUGUCCAGACAUUCUGUGCCAAAAACUGGGCCGAGUUGCAGUCAACAUACCCCAAAGAGAAGACGUCUCACCUGAAGAACUACUGCGCCAGUGCCAAUUUCAUCCUCACGCUCCUCCUGAAAGGUUACGGCUUCAACAAUGACACCUGGGACAAUAUUGCUUUCCAGAUGCAGGCUGCCAAUUCAGACAUCGGCUGGACCCUAGGCUAUAUGCUAAACCUCACCAACAUGAUCCCCACUGAAUCCCCCAGUUCACUGAGAGGACAUGAAGAGGGAGUUUGGAUAGCAAGCAUUUUCUUCAUUGUUCUGAUGUUGGCGCUGUGCCUUGUUUUUCUGCUCAUCUAUUUUCUGAAGUAACAGAAAUACCCUUCAGACAAUCUGCACCCAGCACUUCAAGAUUUUGAGAGGGGGGCUCAGUCUGAGGGGCACCUGAACCAACCUGGCCUCACAGCCAAAAUUGUCAAGAUGCUCUAUUUUUGUGGGAAACACUGACUUGAUGAAGGUUCGGCCUACCACCCCAGCCAACCUCCCAAGGACCACUGUGGCCUAAUGGGGUAGAUGCCAGGUGAUUGUUCAAACCACUUUAGUACUUACUUUUUGUACAUGCAGGAACUGCUGAGGUGAAAUUAUUUACUGCUUUUCCUGAAGUAUCAUGGGCAUGAAACAGGUAUUCCCCACUUAAAAUCCUACCUCCACCAUGGACUCAACAGACACUCUCAGCUUCUGCCUACCCCCUCCAUCUGUAAUGGGAAUGUGAUAUUGGCCUACCUUACAGGACUGUUGUUAACAUUACUGAGACAAUGUAUGUGAACAGCUUUGAACACUUGAAGACACUCAGAAUAUGGUUAAUAGUUACUGUGUAUAUAGAUGCUUUGUCACCUAGAAAGGCAAGAGCAUGCAGAGAAGGAGAAUAUCAUUAUCUUCCCCCUCUUCCCUUUCAUACCUUUCUCUUUAUCCCCACAUGCAUGUGGUUGCUUGUAAUACCACCAUGCCGUUCAGACAAUUGCUUCACAUCAAUGGUUUACCACCCCCAUCAACAAAAGCACUUGCGAAGGUAUGACAAUGGAAUUAAAAUCUGGGAGCUAGGAA